AUGUAUUAUCUUUUAAUCGUUCUUCUUGCAAUUUCUUCGGUUAAAAUAGAAGCUAAAAAUUUUCGACAACUAACAAAUAAUGACACAAGAAUAAUAGGAGGUCGUCAAAUUGAUAUUAGCCGUGUACCCUUUAUAGUCGCCAUUUUCUACAACAAUGAAUUCGGAUGUGGAGGAUCUAUUCUUGAUAGCAAAAAUAUCUUAACAGCUGCUCAUUGUGCCAUCAUAGAAAAGGGUGACCAAGUCAAAAUUCGUGCUGGUUCAUCAAAUCGUCAAUCAGGCGGUCAAUUGAGAAUAGUUAAAAGAAUACUUAUAAAUUCAAAAUACAAUCCAAACACAUUGGACAAUGAUAUAGCAAUCUUGCAAUUGGAUACACCACUGACAUUUAACCAAAAUGUCAAACCUGUUCGAUUAGCUUCGAAUUAUAGACCUCGAUCGGGAAUUGGUUUUGUGGCAGGUUGGGGUAUAACUCGUGAGGGGCAAGAAAACUCUCCAGUUUACUUACGUGGAGUGUCUGUUAAUUUUAUAACAUUGACAGAAUGUAAGGCACAAUACAAACCCCAAAACCUUCUGGUAACUAGAAAUAUGGUUUGUGCUGGAGCUGAUAAUGGCGGUAAAGAUGCUUGUCAAGGUGAUUCAGGUGGGCCUUUGAUUAGUAAUGGAGCACAAUAUGGAAUAGUUUCGUCUGGCUUAAGGUGUGGACAAGCGGGAUACAGUGGAGUUUAUACGUCAAUAUCACGAGAACUAUCGUGGAUUAGAAAUGUUUUGUCAAAAUAUUCAUAAUUCUGAUAAGUUUAUGUUAAUGUUGGUAUUGAAUGUGAAUUAUAAAAAAAAAACUUAUAUGCUGAAAACAAAUGUUAAGUGUUUUAUUUGAUUCUUCUUCUUCUUCUUCUUCUUCUUCUUCUUCUUCUUCUUCUUCUUCUUCUUCUUCUUC